UGGAGCUCCAUCCACCAACGCGCUGCUGCUCUGGUUUCUAAGACAACCCAUAAAGCAUGCAUACUAGCGAGGCGUGCUGCAGCAGCAUCGUGAGCUGAGCUGCAGGACUUAGCUGUGAGGAAAGAGUUUGAAGCAGCGGGACUUUCUGCACAGACAACACGGACUAUGAUGCAGAAGAGCUCACCGACGACAUAAAGCGACCACAGCGCCGCGACUGAAUCUUUUCUGCACGGAGACUUCCUCCAUCAUCAAGAUGCAUAUGAAUAGCUUAAUAAAUCAAUGGACGGACAUCUCCAGGAUGUGUGAUGUGGAUGUGUCCCCGGAGCCCACCAGUCCCACCCUGUACGGUGAGUCUUCAGACAAGUACUACAAUGUGGACCGCUGGCAGAAGCUCCGCACUGCCGUCCGCAAACUGGAGUUCUGGGAAAACUUUACCGCUGAGCUGAUCGGGAGUGGCUUCUUCUCCAAAGUCUAUAAGGUGAUGCACAGCACCAGUCGGAAGGUGAUGGUGGUGAAGAUCUACAAAAACGACGUGGACCAGGACAGCAUCGUACGAGAGAUCAGCCUCCUGCAGAAGCUCUCCCACCCCAACAUAGUCAGAUAUCUGGGAAUCUGUGUCAAAGAAGACAAACUUUAUCCAAUCUUAGAGUACGUGAACGGUGGCUGUCUAGAGGAGCUUCUGGUGAGGAAAGAUGUUCCCUUGUGCUGGAGAGAGAAGGUGGACCUGGCCUGUGAUAUAAGCAGAGGGAUGAUCUACCUGCACUACAAGAACAUUUACCACAGAGACCUCAACUCCAAGAACUGUCUGAUCCGGGUGACGUCUCGGGGUCGGGAGGCCCUGGUGACUGACUUCGGCCUGGCCAGGGAAGUUGUGGAGCUGCCAGUCAAAGAUCCCGGGAGGAAGCUGUCACUGGUGGGCUCGGCCUUCUGGAUGGCCCCUGAGAUGCUCCGAGGAGAGCCAUACGACCGCAAGGUGGAUGUUUUCUCCUUUGGCAUUGUGCUCUGUGAAAUCCUGGCCAGGAUCCCUGCCGACCCAGAGAUGCUACCCAGAACACAGGACUAUGGGCUGGAUGUGAAUGCGUUCAAGGAGCUGGUGACUGACUGUCCUCAGCGUCUCCUGGAGUUGGCAGCCAGCUGCUGCAUGGUGGAGUCCUUCAGACGGCCAGCCUUCACAGAGUUGCUGGAUGAGUUGGGAGAAGUCUCUGAGAGCCUGGAGCCGCUGUUAAAAUCGGAUGUGACCACAAGCUGAGUCGUCUGAGGCCCGCCUCUCGAGUGUCUGAGAGUAUUGGUCAGUCCGGGCCGGAAGCUGGACUGACCCUGAGUCCUCUGUGGCAUCGCUCUCCUCUCCUCCACCGCAACACACACCCCCGUGGCUAAACUUGUCUUAACUGAGGUGUGCAAAUAUACUAGCUGUGUUUUUGGAGGGUAAUGGAAACUCUCCUGAUGUCUCACGGACACUUUGCUUUGACACAUUUUGUGUAGGCUGAGAAGUAGUUUGACUCGUAGGAUGGAAUGUACAGUAUGGUGUGUUUUCUGCAGCAUGUCUUACUUGACUCUUAUGCUCUCUUACUUGGAGUGGUUUGUUUGUAAGUCUGUUGAUGUGUUUUCUCUUCUAUCUGCUCUCCUCUCUCCCACCGGACAUCUUCAUAUAAAAUGGGACUAAACGGCUCCAUGACUAACGAAUCAGGAGCUGAAGAGAUUUGAAAUUGUCUUGUAGAGUUGAACAGAAACAGAAGUUAACCUCAGACGUACCCACGUAUUCAGGUUCACAUUUCAUGUUCAGGCUCAUAUUUGAUAUUGGGCUAAUUUUGAGCUAUUUAUUAUUUUCAUUAAGUUAUAUUUUACUGGAAUAACACUGAAAAGCUCCAACAUACCAGCUUUUCAGGAACAAAGAAAACAUAUUUUAGGCCUUUAUUCAGCGUAAUGACUUAUUCUGUUGAUUUUGCUCAAAAGAAACAGACUUUUCUUAAUAAUGAAAUCCCCAAAAGUGGUUGUUUUCAAUGGCACAAUGCACAAUUUAAUGUCCACUUUACUUUUUUCGCUUUGCCAUAGAGUUAAUUAAGUUACUUUAAACUGAACGUGUGUGUAAAUAUUUAAGCUUUUUAAACGUUUUAAAUUCGGCCACCUUUUGGGAUUGAAAGGAUUCCUUUAACUUUACAUAUAUAUUAACUUCUUUCUGGUUUGUGUGUGUCUGCAAUACAACAUUAAAAGUAGUUAACUUAUGAACUUAUUGUUUGGUUACUGUCCUAUUAACUUGAUUCCACCUUUUUAGUUACUUCUGCAAGUUCAGAAACACUGCUUUAGUGUUCUUGCACAUACAUACGCACAUAAAUAUGAUUUAAAAAAAGAGACGUUUGAAAUACAAGUGCAACACAGAAACCCCACCAGGGUUUUACAUACAGGCAUAAAUCUAAAAUGUGAAACAGGAUCACCAACGGGGAGAAAUACUCCUCCAGGUAGACCAUCUGCUCGGAGCGACUGCUUUAAUAUUCACCUGCUUUUAGAAGUCGGUCUUUCACUUUUCAUAUUCCAUCCUGGAAAACUAAUGCAACCAUUUUCAUUUAAUCUCCUUUAAUAAAAAAUAAGUUUCA